GAUGGUGCUGGUGGUUGAGCAUUAUUAGCCGAAACUCGAAAUAGGCCAUCGGUCAAAGGAGACCGAGACCGACCCAACCAUAAGCAGUGACAAUCGAUCUGAAAACGAUGCAACUUCCUGUCUGAUCGCCUUCAGUAGCUCAUUUGCAGUUUUACGCCUUCCGACAGAGCACACUUGGCCGUUGGUAUCCUCCAUCCAGCAGCAGCAAAACCCCAGCCAGAGAGAUUAUUGAUGGGGGACUCUGAAAAGGUCGGUGGGUCGACUCGCCCCCGACCGGGAGGCCCCGGCUUUCUGAGGACGCAGCAGACUCUGCUGGCCAAGAGCUGGUUGCUUAAGAAGCGUCACUGGGUGGCCAUGCUGCUGGAGAUUUUCCUGCCGGUGCUCUUCAUCCUCCUCAUCACAGCUCUCAAGAGGCUCUCAACCGACGUCCAAGUCCCUGCUGGAUGGAGCAGCACCGCGUCGGACGGCAAGUCCUUCUCGCUCAUGCAGAACGGGUACCUCGUCCAGGAGCCGACGAUGAACGGACUCAUGACGUACUUGGCGGUUAGGACGGCGUCCGAGAUCCACAACACGACUGGAGUGUCAGGUACAGAACAGGAGGUCUGCGCCUUCAGUGUCGGCUACGGAGGCUUCGUGAGCACCGACACCUCAUCGCAGUACGCGGUCCUGCCGUCCUGCCGGAGCUACUUCACCCCGUACAAGCUGGCCAUCGCCCCGGACAACGACUUCACUCGCAAAUACUUCUUCGAGACGGUCAAGCAAUGGUACCCCCGCGUGAUGUUGAACACAAGCAUGGGGGUGACGAUGCCGAGCCUCGAGGACAGCGUCAUCUUCUUCGACACGGAGGACGCCAUGGAGAGCUACAUCGGAGAAGUGGGCUAUGGCAAAGGGUUCGCGACGCCCAUCGUGUAUGCGGCGUUGGUGUUUGACCAGUACCCAGAAGGCGACAAGAUCGGCACGUUCCAGUCGAUCGAGUACUCGGUCCGCAUGAACUCGACGCAAGGCGGAGGAGGAUCCCCGGGGGUUGUGCCACGCACACUGGGAGACCCGGCGUUCGAGUCGCCGUUCCAGCGCACCAUCGAGCAGGCUUACUACUCGUCGUACGCGUCGCGCGGGUUCAUGACGCUGCAGACUCUGGUCGCUCGCUUCGUCAACUGCAUGCCCGACUGGGAUGAAUCCACGAAAUCGACCACGGGCGUGUGCAAGCAGAAGCUCUCGACGGCCGUGUCCAACACCGCUAACGACGACAGGCUUUUCCACGCUGUGGACGGCGACGUGCUCCUGGGCGCUGCGCUCUCUGUGCCAUUUGCCAGCUCUGGUACGGGUUGGCAGACGUUGCUGACGGCCAGUGGACGUGAGCAGCUUCUGGUGCCUCUGCGUCAAGCUCCGCAACCUUACUUCGCAACGACUGUGGCCCCGUUCCCGAUCGACAGCUUCCUUUCCGCCCCGUUCUACGACCAAGUGAGCAGCGUGUUCCCGCUCGUCUUCAUCCUGGCCUACCUGUACGCCAUCUCGCGAGUGCUAGUGGUCCUGAUCCAGGAGAAGGAGACGCGCUCGCGUGAGUACCUCAAGAUCCUGGGCAUGUCGGAGAGCGCCAUCAUCCUGUCGUGGUACAUCACGUACUUUGUCAUCUUCCUCAUCAGCGCCAUCCUCCAGGCCAUCGCAAGCACCGCCGGUCUGUUCCCGAACAGCGACCCCGGUCUCAUCUUCCUCUUCUUCCUGCUCUUUUCGCUCAGCGUGCUCGCGUUCGGCUUCUUCAUGAGCACGCUCUUCUCCCGCUCGCGCACUGGGUCGUUCGCUGGCAUGGUGCUCUUCUUCUUCAUGUACUUCGUGUCCAGCGGCUUCUCGUCCACAUCCUCGAUUGGUUCCAAGACGGGCGCGUGCAUCUUGCCACCCGUGGCGCUUUCGUUCGGAGUUCAGUCGCUGGCCACGGCCGAGUCAACCGGUGUGGGCAUGAGCUUCGAGUCGUCAAGCACUGUGGUCGACAACUUUAAGUUCGGGUCUUCCAUCGGCAUGCUCUUCUUCGACAUCAUCCUGUACACGCUGCUAGGACUCUAUCUCGAGCGAGUCAUCCCCCGCGAGUACGGCACCGUCGAGAAAUGGUACUUCCCCCUGCAGCCGAGCUACUGGGUCAGAAGCUUCCGCGCCAAAAGAUGCUUGAGUAAGGUUAACGAUGUGGCCAACAACGUCGUCAACGGGAGUCACGCGGUGCUCGACAUUGAGAACCCGAACAUGGAGGUCGCCAGUGAGGAGCUGCGCCACCAGGAACGAACGGGCGAGGCGCUGGUGAUCAGCGAUAUCAAGAAGGAGUUCGUCGUGCCCGGAGGAAUCAAGCGCGCCGUUCGUGGCGUGAGUCUCGCCAUGUACAAGGACCAGAUCACGUGCUUGUUGGGCCACAACGGCGCAGGCAAAACCACGCUCAUCUCGAUGCUCACGGGUAUGAUCGCGCCUUCCGCUGGUGAUGCCUCGUUCCGCGGGCUGUCACUGGUGCACGACAUGGCCGAAAUCCGACAGUCUUUGGGACUCUGCUUCCAGCACGAUGUGCUUUACAGCGAACUCACAGUCGAGGAGCACUUGCUGUUCUAUGGACGCGUGAAGGGCUAUCGCGGUGCAGCGCUCAAAGAGGAGGUGAUCACGAAGAUCACUGAAGUGGGUCUCACCGAGAAGCGACACGUCUUCGCGGGCUCGCUCUCCGGCGGCAUGAAGCGUAAGCUGUCGGUGGCUAUCUGCCUGCUCGGCGACAGCUCGCUCGUGUUCUUGGACGAGCCCACGAGCGGAAUGGACCCGUACAGUCGACGCAGCACGUGGGAGAUCCUGCUCAACAACCGCGCCAACCGAGUCAUGGUCCUCACGACCCACUUCAUGGACGAAGCCGACAUUCUGGGGGACCGCAUCGCUAUCAUGGCCGAAGGACAACUGCGCUGCUGCGGGUCGUCCCUCUUCCUGAAGAACCGGUACGGUGCUGGAUACAACUUCACGCUGGUCAAGAGCAGUGACCCCGCUAAGCCCUGCAAGGAGACCCAGCUCCAUUCCCUUGUCACGGAACGUGUUCCUUCCGCCAAGGUGUUGAGCAACGUCGGCGCGGAGAUCGCCUUCCAGCUGCCGCUAGACUCCACCGCGUCCUUCCCCGCGCUGUUUGAGGAGCUGGACAGCAAGAUGGGCGACUUGGGCGUGCUCUCGUAUGGCAUUUCAGUCACGACGCUCGAGGAAGUCUUCAUCAAAGUGGCCGAGGCCAACGACGAGGACAACCAGCACACCCUGAACAAGAACGCCGCAAGUCCUGGUGCUGCCGACGCUGGUCUUCCACCCGGUGGCCCAACCAUCGCGAGCCUUACGGGUAUGACCAUGUUCUUCGUGCACCUUUCAGCGCUCCUGCUCAAGCGCUUCCGCAUCGCCAAGCGCGAUCGCCGAGUCAUCAUCUUCAGUGCGCUCCUCCCUGUGACGCUGCUGGCUGCCGGGUUUAUUAUUCUCAAGACCAGCUCACUCACGCGGUCGGACGAGAAACUCGCACUCGCCACCGACGACUUCGAAGCUUCAGUGCCCAAUGUCCCGUACUUCUGCGAGGCGGAUGACUCCAAGUGGUGCUCCAGUACGCUGGACCUCUUCACAGGCGGCAAACCCUCCCCCUUCACGUCCGCGGAUAUUCCUUCACCGCCGUACACGACAUGGCCGACCACCGUCUUCGGCGUUAACUACACUGAGGCAGACCUUGCGAGCUACAGCAACCCACACAGCAACGAGUACUGCCUGCGCAUGGGAGAUCAGAUCUACCAGCGUGGCUUCGGCAAGGACGACGACGGCAAGGUCAUUCAACCCCCCGUCAAGGGCCAGUACGGUGGCUACCUCGUGCACGGGUCCGAGAGUGAGCAAAUGUUCGGCUACCACCUCUUCGUGAACACUACCGCAGCGCACGGCGCAGUCAUCUUCAAGGCGUUGAUGGACCAAGCUCUGUAUCGCUUCAUGGCCGGCAGCGGAUCUGGAGCGACCGACGUGACUUUGAAGGCGAACACGUACCCGCUCCCCAUGACCGCAGCCACUCAAGCCCUCUUUGGGUCGUUCCUGGCCUUCACGGCGUGCAUCUUCAUCGUUAUCGCCUUCGCGUUCUUCCCGGCCUCCAUCGUCGGCUUCCUCGUGAAAGAGAAGCAAGCCGAGCACAACUCCAAGCACCAGCAGCUCGUGUCGGGCGUGAGUUUACCGGCCUUCUGGCUGGCCAACUACCUCUGGGAUCUGCUCACGUACGUCAUCCCGUUCAUCGCGGCCAUCGUGCUCAUCCAGAUCUUCGACAUCGCGGCCUUCACCGGCAACGACUGCGUGAGCUGCACCAGCCAGACGUUCCCAGCGAUCGUGCUGCUCUUCAUCCUCUUCGGGCUGGCCAUUUGUCCGUUCACCUACUGCCUCUCGUACUUCUUCAAGGAGCACGCUUCCGCGCAGACGUACACGAUCAUGGCCAACUUCUUGCUAGGCGUUGUGCUCAUGGUCGUGUCCUUCAUCCUGGACGUCGUAAGUACGAGCAGCGCCGAUGCCAACAAAGUCCUCAAGUUCUUCUGGCGCCUCAGUCCGCUCUUCAACCUGGGCAGUGCGCUGCUCAACCAGUGCCUCAGCGAGAUCACGGCAGCCUUCGGUCGCACAUCCGGGACGGUCAGCCCGUUCGACAUGGAUGUCAUGGGCUGGGAGCUGCUCUACCUGGCGCUGGAUGCCAUCAUCUUCUUCACGGUCGCGGUUGGCAUCGACUUCCUACUGAGCUUCCCGAAGAUUAAAGCCGCGAUCUUCAAGGACCCGCACCUGGAGGACGCUCCGUAUGAAGAGGACGAGGACGUGGCCCGCGAGGCUGAACGCGUACGCAGUGGCGGAGCUGACGGCGACGCUGUGAAGCUGCUUGGCAUUCGCAAGGUGUACAAUGGCAACAAGGUGGCCGUGCGCAACUUGUCGUUCGGUCUGCCCAAGGGCGAAUGCUUCGGCUACUUGGGUAUCAACGGAGCUGGCAAGACCACGACCAUGAAGAUGAUGACAGGCGACAUCCUCCCGACCACGGGCAGCGGCACACUUGGCGGCUUCGACAUCCUCGGAGAGCAACUGGAAGUCCGUCGCUUGAUCGGCUACUGCCCGCAGUUUGACGCGCUGUUCGAGCUGAUGUCGGUGCGCGAGCACCUGGAGCUCUUCGCGCGUAUCAAGGGCGUAUCGAGCGCGAACUUGAACGACGUCGUCAAGAUUCUCAUGCACCAGAUGAACUUGGACGACUUCGAGAACAAACUGGCCGGGACGCUCAGUGGCGGCAACAAGCGCAAGCUCUCGGUGGCCAUCGCUCUGAUCGGGUCGCCGCCGAUUGUGUUCCUGGACGAGCCCUCGACUGGCAUGGACCCCGUGUCUCGCCGCUUCAUGUGGAAUGUCAUCGCUGCGAUUUCCACGCAGCGCAAGGAAUCGACCAUCAUCCUCACCACGCACUCGAUGGAGGAGUGUGAGGCGCUCUGCACGCGAGUGGGCAUCAUGGUCGGUGGUCGUCUGCGAUGUCUUGGCAGCGUGCAGCACCUGAAGCACCGCUUCGGAGACGGCUUGAUGCUCGAGCUGAAGCUAAUGGGUACGCCCACGCAUGACAUCGACGCGCGCGUGGCUUCCGUCUUCGGUGGCAGCGCCUCGACGACGACGUUCCCCCGUGCCGAGCUGCGCGCUAAGUGCGAGGCGCUGGGCGACGCGUCUUGGGCCGACAAGAUCGUCAUGAGUCACGCCACUGGUUACGCCUUGGCGACUGCACUCGAACGCGACGGGACCAUGCGUCUUGGCAUGCUGUGCGCGUGGUGGGCAGCUGAAGAGCGCUUCUUAGGGCUAGACGCGUUCCUGCGUGAGAGCUUCGCGGUAGAUGCCAACACUGGAGUGAAGAUGCUGGAGCGGCAGAACGACAUGUGUCGAUACAAGCUCACGGGCCAGGUGCCGCGACUGGCGAGUGUCUUUAGACGCGUGGAGGCCAGCAAGCAGCAGCUCGGCAUCCGCGAGUACGCAGUUUCGCAAACUACGCUUGAGCAGAUCUUCAACAACUUCGCAGGUCAGCAGAGCGAGGAGAAGGGCGUCGCGCGCGGCAUUGGCGGCUAG